UUUUCCUCUGUGUCUUCUGUCUGGUGGAUAUCCUCCUUUUCUUUGAUUUCGGCAGUAAACGUCGAGAAACUGUUAAGAACAAGGAGCAUUAAAGUCAUUGACGUAGUUCAGUGGAUAGUGAAUUUUUUGAUUCUGGUUUGUGCUUCUACGAACUUAAAAGAAAUGGUUUCUAACCAGAGUCAAGAUGACGGACUAUUAGAACCUCUAGUGAUAAAAAAUGCUGAAAGAAGCAGAAUAGAACUAGACCAAGCUGGUUUUCUUAGCAAAUUAACAUUUUCUUGGAUUGGCCCUUUACUUAGCUUGGGAUAUUCAAAACCAUUAUCUCUAGAAGACAUUCCUUCUUUGGAUUCAGAAGACGAAGCCAACAUAGCGUACCUCAAGUUCAAACAAGCAUGGGAUUCUCUCUUAAGAGAGAAGGAUCAUGGGGACAAGAAGAACUUGGUUCUUUGGGCAGUAAUAAAAGUUUACAUGAAAGAGAACAUAUCAAUUGGAAUUCUUGCACUUCUCAGGACAAUCUGUGUGGUGGUUUCUCCCUUGAUACUCUACGCUUUUGUGAACUAUUCAAAUAGGAAUGAGGAAAAUCUCAAACAAGGCCUUUCUAUUUUAGGGUGCCUAGUCGUUUCCAAGUUGGGUGAAUCCUUAAGUCAAAGACAUUGGUUUUUCAAGUCAAGGAGGUGUGGAUUGAGGAUUAGAUCGGGCUUAAUGGUUGCGGUGUAUGAAAAGCAGCUAAAGCUCUCUAGUUUGGGAAAGCGAAGACAUUCAACUGGUGAGAUUGUGAAUUAUGUGGCGGUUGAUGCCUAUAGAAUGGGUGAAUGUUCAUGGUGGUUCCACACAAUAUGGUCUUGUGGAGUCCAACUUUUUCUAGCCAUUGCCGUUCUCUUUAAGGUCAUUGGAUAUGGUGCUCUUCUUGGUUUAGUUCCUCUCCUCAUAUGUGGACUUCUCAACGUGCCGUUUGCAAAAUUACUCCAAAAGUGUCAAUUUGGGUUCAUGAUUGCACAGGAUGAGCGGCUCAGGGCGACUUCAGAGAUCCUAAACAACAUGAAGGUCAUUAAACUCCAAUCGUGGGAAGAGAAGUUCAAGAACUUGAUCGAGUCCCACCGCGACAACGAGUUCAAGUGGCUGGCUGAGGCACAACUUAAGAAGGUGUAUGGAACUCUGUUGUAUUGGAUUUCUCCAACCAUCAUAUCUUCAGUUGUCUUCUUUGGAUGCAUUCUUCUUGGUAGUGCCCCACUAAAUGCCAGCACCAUUUUCUCUGUUCUAGCUACAUUGAGAAGCUUGUCGGAGCCUGUCAGAAUGAUACCCGAGGCUCUUUCUGUAAUGAUCCAAAUAAAGGUCUCCUUUGAUCGGAUCAACUCUCUUUUACUCGAUGACGAACUUAAAAAUGAAGGGAAAAGAAAGUACCCUUUGCCCAUUUCAGAAAAGAGCUUGGAAAUUCAAGGAGGGAUUUUCAGUUGGGAUCCUGAAUUAACAAUUCCAACUCUACGAGAGGUGAAUCUGGAGAUAGGAUUGCGGCAAAAGAUAGCAAUUUGUGGGCCAGUUGGAGCAGGAAAGUCCACACUCUUGCAUGCAAUACUAGGAGAGAUCCCCAAACUUUCUGGAGCUGUCAGUGUAUAUGGUUCCAUUGCCUAUGUUUCUCAGAAUUCUUGGAUACAAAGCGGGACACUUCGCGAUAACAUACUAUAUGGGAAGCCAAUGGAGAAGGAUACGUAUGAGAAGGCUAUAGAAGCUUGCGCCCUGGAUAAGGACAUUAACAGUUUUGAUCAUGGAGAUCUUACAGAAAUAGGCCAGAGAGGGAUUAACAUGAGUGGUGGUCAGAAGCAGAGAAUUCAGCUUGCUAGAGCUAUCUACAAUGAUGCUGAUAUCUAUCUCCUUGAUGACCCCUUUAGCGCAGUUGAUGCACAUACUGCUGCAAUUCUCUUUAAUGACUGUGUCAUGGCUGUUCUGAGAAGUAAGACUGUAAUCCUUGUGACUCAUCAAGUAGAGUUUCUCUCUGAAGUUGAUAAGAUUCUGGUUAUGGAAGGAGGAAAAAUUACUCAAUCAGGCAGCUAUGAGGAAUUAUUGGAAGCUGGGACAGCAUUUGAACAACUUGUGAAUGCUCACAAAGAUUCCAUAACAACAUUGGGCCCAUCAAAUGAUGGAGGCCAAGGAGAACCUCAAACGGGAGGCACGGUUCGGUCGGAAGAGAGUCAUGGUUCAUACUCCAUUAAACAAAGCAGUGAAGGGGAGAUUUCUGCAACGGGCCUACCUGGAGUGCAGUUAACACAAGAAGAAGAAAAGGAAAUUGGUGAUGUGGGUUGGAAGCCAUAUUGGGAUUACAUAUUUGUCCCUAAAGGGUCAUUUCUUCUAGUUUUAGGCUUAAUAACUCAGUUUGGAUUUGUUGCAUUCCAAGCUGCUGCAACUUAUUGGUUAGCUUUAGCCAUUCAAGUUCCUAGGAUCACAAGUGGCAUGUUGGUUGGGAUUUACACUGCAAUUUCUGCACUUAGUGCUGUCUUUGUGUAUCUUAGAUCAUUUUUUGCAGCGCAUCUUGGAUUAAGAGCAUCUAAAGCUUUCUUCUCUGGUUUCACCGAAGCCAUCUUUAAAGCUCCCAUGCUCUUCUUUGACUCGACUCCUGUUGGUCGAAUCUUAACUAGAGCUUCAUCAGAUUUGAGUAUUGUGGACUUUGAUAUACCCUUCUCUAUUAUCUUCGUAGCGGCGGCUGGUAUUGAGUUUUUGAUGACCGUUGUAAUCAUGGCUUCCGUCACAUGGCAAGUUCUCAUUGUGGCCAUUUUCAGCGUGGUUGCUAGUAAAUAUGUUCAGGGCUACUAUCUAGCUACUGCAAGGGAGAUAAUAAGAAUCAAUGGAACAACAAAAGCUCCUGUUACCAACUAUGUAUCCGAGACGGCACUUGGUGCGGUCACAAUAAGAGCUUUUCGAUCAGUCGAUCAGUUUUUCCAGAAUUAUCUAAAGCUUGUGGACACCGACGCAUCAUUAUUCUUCUUGUCUAAUGCAGCCAUUGAGUGGUUAGUUAUAAGAAUAGAAGCACUUCAGAAUUUGACCCUUUUCACUGCAGCUUUUCUCCUAAUCUUACUUCCAAAGAGUCAGGUGGCUCCAGGUCUUGUGGGGCUUUCUCUUUCCUAUGCAUUGUCACUAACAGGGACAGUUACUUUCAUGACUCGUUGGUAUUGCAACUUAUCAAACUACAUUGUAUCAGUUGAAAGAAUUAAACAGUUCAUGCACAUUCCACCAGAACCUCCAUCUAUCAUUGAAGGAAAUAGGCCGCCUCCUUCAUGGCCCGCCAACGGUAGGAUUGAGUUGCAUUCUUUAAGGAUUAAGUAUCGUCCAAAUGCUCCAACAGUUCUCAAGGGAAUAACAUGCAUAUUCAAAGAAGGGACUAGAGUAGGAGUCGUGGGAAGGACAGGAAGCGGAAAAACUACACUCAUAAGUGCUUUGUUCCGUCUAGUAGAACCAACAAGUGGGCAAAUUAUUAUAGAUGGACUUGACAUAUGCUCUAUUGGUUUGAAAGAUCUGAGAAUGAGCCUCAGUAUCAUCCCACAAGAGCCAACUCUUUUCCGGGGUAGUAUUCGAACUAAUUUGGACCCUCUUGGCCUUUACUCCGAUGAUGAAAUAUGGAGGGCUCUAGAGAAGUGUCAGCUUAAAGCAACAGUCAGUAGCCUUCCCAAUCUCUUAGAUUCCUCUGUGAGUGACGAAGGAGAAAAUUGGAGUGCUGGGCAACGCCAACUCUUCUGCCUUGGCAGAGUCCUCCUUAAGAGAAACAGAAUUCUAGUUCUAGAUGAGGCCACCGCUUCCAUCGAUUCCGCGACAGACGCGAUUCUCCAAAGAAUCAUCAGGGAAGAAUUCUCAGAAUGCACAGUCAUAACCGUUGCUCAUAGAGUUCCUACUGUUAUUGACAGUGACAUGGUCAUGGUGCUCUCUUAUGGGAAGCUAGUGGAACAUGACGAGCCUUCAAAGCUUAUUGAUGCCAACUCCUAUUUCGCCAAGCUUGUAGCAGAAUACUGGUCAAGCUGCAGAAGAAACCCAUAAAACAACAAAAAUAAUAGCAAUCAUAAGUCAUAGCUUCUCCAUGAUAAUAAAUUGAAGCUGUACUAGAAUAUUCUAAUUUCAUUUUGCCAUGAUCCUGCCUCGUUUGGUAUUAUCCAUAUACAUAAAUUCUUGGAGAGUAAAAUGGACCAUAUGUUGUUAAUAAGACAAGAAACUAAGGGGUUGUUUUUUGCAUUUUUGAGUUAAGAUAAUUUGAGUGAUGAUUUUGA